AUGGCCGAUGGUUACCGAUUUGUGCAACACACAAACAACUCUUUCCGCUUGCAACACACCUCUAAGAGCUCUGCCGCUGCAAACGACACAUAUCACAUCACCUCUCUUCUCAACCAGUUCCUUCCCGAGCUCCCGUCCCCGUCAAAGUCUCCAGACCCGGGCUUGAGGGGCCAAGGCUCGCAAGGCAUGUACAACCAGAACCACCAACAGGGACACAACUCCCGGCUGAAUGGCAACCAUGCUGGGCGGGGCGGCAUGCCGAUUCUGUACAACUUUCAGCAGCCGGCCGCCCACCACCAGCAGGGCCAUGCCCAGCAUCAGCAUGGACUCCAGCAAGACCAUGCCUCGCACAACACCAAUACCUCGGUCCUAGGACACCACUCUGGUUUCUCCAGCGGUGUUCUGUCCAACACCAGCCCUUUCGCCAGCUCCAUCCAGAAUGGCCACACGGCGACUACUCGAGGCGGCCAGGCGCAACAGAUCAACGAGCACUGGGCCGAACAGCUGCGCCUGCACAAGGAAUCAGAGGCAGCACACGCCGCGAUGGUGGAGCAGAACCAAGUUAAUUACUACGCUAGGCUCAAGGCUGGGGAGAACAAGGGCAUCGGCGGUCCUGCGCUCAACAGCGAUGCCAACAAUGCCGCCGUUGAUGGAGAGAUCGAAGGAGUUAGGAGGCCCGUAGGUAUCGACAAGUCGACGCAGCGACAGGAUUGGCACAAUCUCGACCUGUCCGGCCAAGGCUUGCGGGCAUUGGCGCCUGCCCUCUUCAACUACACCUUCCUCCAUGAACUCUACAUCGCCUCCAACAAGCUUACCGUCCUCCCGCCUGCUAUUGGAGAGCUACGCGCGUUACGACUCCUGGAGGCAUCAAACAACCAGCUGCAGGAGCUGCCUGCUGAGCUCGGAAUGUGUACCAUGCUGAAGCAACUGCUCCUUUUUAACAACAGGAUCCAGGAUCUGCCGACUGAGCUUGGUUUUCUCCAUCGCCUCGAGGUGCUAGGAGUCGAGGGAAACCCGCUGAACCAGGAGAUGAAGAAGAAGAUUGUGGAAGAAGGCACCAAAUCCCUGGUCAAUUGGCUACGGGAACGUUCUCCCGUACCUCUACCUCCCUUGGAGCGCAAAGUCAUCACCAUCCAAGAAGACGUUUCACCCAGCCUCGAGCGUGUCAAGGUUCUUUCCUGGAACAUCCUGUGCGAGAGAUAUGCGACCCAGGCUGUAUAUGGUUACACCCCUACUAGUGCCCUGGCAUGGGACUAUCGACGAGACCUGAUCUUGGAGGAGAUUCGGAGACGUGACGCCGAUAUCUUGUGUCUCCAGGAGGUCACCACGGAGGCCAUGAGAGAGGAUUUCGGACCCGAGCUGGCCAAGGAGGACUACCGAGGCAUCCACUGGCCGCGAUCGAAAGCUAAGACAAUGGCAGAAAAGGACGCCAUUGCCGUUGACGGUUGCGCCAUCUUCUUCAAGCAAAGCAAGUACAUCUGCCUGGACAAGCAGCUCAUCGACUUUGGCAACAUCGCCAUCAACCGGCCAGACAUGAAGAACCAGCACGAUAUCUUCAACCGUGUCAUGCCCAAGGACAAUAUCGCUAUUCUCGGUUUCUUUGAGAGCAGGCAGACUGGCGCACGGAUGAUUGUUGUCAACGCGCAUCUGGCAUGGGAGGGCACUCUGAACGACGUCAAGAUUAUCCAGACCGCCAUCAUCAUGGAGUUUGUUACGAAGCAGGCCGAGAAGUACGCAAGGUGGCCAGCCGUCAAGGACAAGCGGAUGAUCAGCAUUCCCACCGGCGACGACGAGGCAGAUGCCCGCAAGGAGCCCAUGCCGGAACCUGGCCCGUCUCAAGAAUACCGCAACAAUACGGACAUACCCCUGUUCGUCUGCGGCGAUUACAACUCUCCCGCCGAUAGCGGUGUCAACCAGCUGCUUUCCACCGGACACCUGGCACCCGACUAUCCGGACCUGGUCAAUCACCACUACGGUACCUUCACGAGAGACGGUAUCGAGCACCCCUUCAGCCUACGGUCAGCCUAUCAACACCUCGACGGCACGGUGGAUGCUUUGCCCUUCACCAACUACACGCCGACUUUCGCCGACUGCAUUGACUACAUCUGGUACUCAACCAAUACUCUCGAGGUCGUAGAGCUCGUUGGCCCACCGGACCCGCAGUACUUGAAGAGAGUGCCGGGCUUCCCCAAUUACCACUUCCCGUCAGAUCACAUCCAGCUCGUCAGCGAGUUCGUCAUCAAGCCGCGGAAGGAUAAGAAGGGCAACAACGUCUCAACAUGA